UAAUCCAGGGCUGCAUCUCACCACUGCCCCCUCCCAGAAGCUCAGGAAACCUCGGGAGAUGUUCCCACUGGCGAGUUAUACUCAGCAGCGGCUCCCAAAGGUCAAACCUGAGCAUGCAGAAUUCCGAGGGUGGAUCGGAUUCGCCGGCAUCCGUGGCUCUGCGUCCGUCGGCGGCGGCCCAGCCUGUGCCAGUGUCCCCACAGAGGGUGCUGGUCCAGGCAGCCGGCUCCACUCCCAAAGGGGCCCAGAUGCAGCCUAUCUCCCUUCCUAGAGUCCAGCAGGUGCCACAGCAGGUACAGCCCGUGCAGCACGUGUAUCCGGCCCCGGUGCAGUACGUGGAGGGCGGAGACGCCGUCUACACCAAUGGAGCCAUACGAACAGCCUACGCCUACAACCCUGAGCCGCAGAUGUACGUCCCCAGCAGUGCAGCUUCUUACUUUGAGGCUCCAGGUGGCGCUCAGGUGACCGUGGCAGCCUCGUCCCCAUCAGCAGUUCCCUCCCACAGCAUGGUGGGCAUCACCAUGGACGUCGGGGGGAACCCCAUCGUCUCCAGCGCGGGAGCCUAUCUCAUCCAUGGGGGGAUGGACGGCACCAGGCAUUCCCUGGCACACACCUCCCGGUCCUCACCAGCCACGCUUGAAAUGGCGAUUGAAAACCUCCAAAAAAGCGAAGGAGUCACCUCACACAAAAGCGGUUUACUCAACAGCCAUCUCCAGUGGCUGUUAGAUAACUACGAGACGGCGGAAGGCGUGAGUCUGCCCCGAAGUUCUCUCUACAACCACUACCUUCGUCACUGCCAGGAGCACAAGCUGGACCCGGUGAACGCCGCCUCCUUCGGGAAACUGAUCCGCUCUGUGUUCAUGGGGCUGAGGACGCGGCGGCUGGGCACCAGGGGCAACUCGAAGUAUCAUUACUACGGGAUCCGCCUGAAGCCAGACUCCCCCCUGAACCGGCUGCAGGAGGACACGCAGUACAUGGCCAUGCGACAGCAGCCCAUGCACCAGAAGCCCAGGUACCGGCCAGCCCAGAAGACGGACAGCCUUGGGGACAGUGGCUCCCACAGCAGCCUACACAGCACGCCCGAGCAGGCCAUGGCCGCACAGAGCCAGCACCACCAGCAGUACAUUGAUGUCUCCCAUGUGUUCCCGGAGUUCCCGGCGCCUGACCUGGGCAGCGUCUUGCUGCAAGAGAGCAUCACGCUGCACGACAUCAAGACCCUGCAGCACGCAUACCGACGGCACUGCGAGGCAACCCUCGAUGUCGUGAUGAACCUCCAGUUCCACUACAUCGAGAAGCUGUGGCUCUCCUUCUGGAACGCCAAGGCCUCCUCCAGUGACGGCCCCACCUCCCUGCCUGCCAGCGACGAGGACUCGGAAGGCGCUGUCCUCCCCAAGGACAAGCUCAUCUCUCUGUGCAAAUACGACCCCAUCCUCCAGUGGAUGAGAAGCUGCGACCACGUCCUCUACCAGGCGCUGGUGGAGAUUCUCAUUCCCGACGUGUUGAGACCGGUCCCCAGCACCCUGACACAGGCGAUCCGUAACUUUGCCAAGAGCCUGGAAGGCUGGUUGACAAAUGCCAUGAGCGACUUCCCGCAGCAGGUCAUCCAGACCAAGGUCGGCGUCGUCAGUGCCUUUGCCCAGACUCUGCGGAGAUACACGUCCCUCAACCACCUCGCUCAGGCGGCCCGGGCAGUGCUUCAAAACACGUCCCAGAUCAACCAGAUGCUCAGCGACCUCAACCGCGUGGACUUCGCCAACGUGCAGGAGCAGGCCUCGUGGGUGUGCCAGUGUGAGGAGAGCAUGGUGCAGAGGCUGGAGCAGGACUUCAAGCUGACCCUGCAGCAGCAGAGCUCGCUGGACCAGUGGGCCAGCUGGCUGGACAGCGUGGUCACCCAGGUCCUGAAGCAGCACGCCGGCAGCCCCAGCUUCCCCAAAGCCGCCCGCCAGUUCCUGCUGAAGUGGUCCUUUUACAGCUCCAUGGUGAUCCGGGACUUGACCCUGCGCAGCGCCGCCAGCUUCGGCUCGUUCCACCUCAUCCGGCUGCUCUACGACGAGUACAUGUUCUACCUGGUGGAGCACCGCGUGGCCGAGGCCACCGGAGAGACGCCGAUCGCCGUGAUGGGGGAGUUCAACAAUCUCACCUCCCUGUCGCUGACGCUGAUCAACAAAGAUGGCAUCAGUGACGAGCACCACAGCGGCGAGGCCGACGCAGACGCCCGCGGCCUGGGCGAGCCCCUGGUGAAGCGGGAGCGCAGCGACCCCAACCACGCCCUGCAGGGCAUCUAGCGGCCGGCGGGCGCCUUCCGCGAGGUUCCGGAAGACUCGCCUGGCCGCCCUGGGAACCUGGACUUGACCGGCUCCACCGCCUUCGUGCCUCUCAGAUGAUGCGAUGUUUACUCUGACUCAAGGGGG